GAAAUUCUUUCUGGAGUCGUGGUCAUAACAAGUAAGGAUACAGUCCAGCACCAAGGUAUCUCAUUAACAAUGGAAGGAUCAGUAAAUCUGCAGCUUAGUGCCAAAAGUGUGGGCGUGUUUGAAGCUUUCUAUAACUCUGUCAAGCCUAUUCAAAUUAUUAACAGCACUAUUGAAAUGGUAAAACCAGGGAAACUUCCCAGUGGCAAGACAGAAAUUCCAUUUGAAUUUCCAUUGCAUAUGAAGGGGAACAAAGUUCUGUAUGAGACGUAUCAUGGUGUCUUUGUUAAUAUUCAGUAUACCCUACGGUGUGAUAUGCGACGUUCUCUGCUGGCAAAAGACCUAACUAAGACUUGUGAAUUCAUUGUCCAUUCACUGUCACAGAAAGGGAAACUGAUGCCUAGCCCAGUAGACUUCACAAUUACUCCUGAAACUUUACAAAAUGUUAAAGAGCUUCUUGUCCUUUCACUAGAUACCACUGACUCCAUCAUCUUUACUCCUUCUCAUCAGGUAUUUAUACAUCCUGAUAAGAUCUGCCUGAGCCAUCUGUUCUGCAGGGUGAACAAUCCCAGCUCUCAGGCUCUUGUAUGUCACAUGCUCUUAGCCAUCUUUACAGCCAAAUCCAGCAAAGGCUGGACUUGCUCCAGUAAGUCUGUGUUUCUUGUACCAGGACGUCCUGAAUUGGACACACUAUCCCCACUUUGUCUCACCAGUGCUGAAGAGAUGGGGAGAAUCACCUCCCUCCACCUGUUGGCAAGACUUUCUAAUGCAGCUCAGGGUGCUGUAGGCCCGUUUGUCCAGCCUGUUGAGGUCCCUGUUGCAGUGCAACUAUCUGGUUCACCAGCCACUCCUUCCAAUUUUGUAGUGUCUGCAGACUUGCUGAGGAUGCAUUCUGUCCUAUCAUCCAAGCCAUUGUUGGAGAUGUGA